AUGGAGUCAGAGAAGCAACUUAUUCAACAAGCUAAUAGCUUGAGAAAGAUUGCCUUUACAGGUAUCGCUAUCAGUACUGUGGCUGCUUUGACUUGUGUCAUCAUUGUUCCAGCUCUCUACUCAUACGUUCAAUAUGUUCAGAGCUCUGUCCAAACUGAUGCCACAUACUGCAAGCACAGAACUGAAGGACUCUUCACACUUUACGAGAAAAUGCAAAAGCAUAAGGGAGUUCGUGUGACCAAGCGUCAAGCUGGAUACGAUUCACCAGCUGUUGAUCACUCCAGCUCAGAUAGCUCAUCUGAUAACGGACAAUGCUGCUCUUGCGCUGUUGGAAAGAGUGGACCACCAGGACCUCCAGGAUCUGACGGAAACGAUGGACACGAUGGAGCCGCCGGAACUCCAGGAAAGCACGCUGAGGACCUUCCAGCUCCAAAAGAGCCAGCUUUCUGCUUCGAAUGCCCUGAUGCUCCAGCUGGACCACCAGGACCACCAGGACGUAAAGGACCUUCGGGACCAGCUGGAACUCCAGGACAAGCAGGAAGCAACGGACAACCAGGACAACCAGGAGGACCAGGAUCUCCAGGACAACCAGGAAACGAUGGACAACCAGGAGCUGACGGAGAAGCUGGAACCCCAGGAGUUGUCAAUGAGGUUCCAGGCCCAGAUGGUCAACCAGGAGCUGAUGGACCAGCUGGACCAGCAGGAGACGAUGGAGAACCAGGAUCCGAUGGAAACCCAGGAGCACCAGGAGAGCAAGGAGAAGCUGGAGAGCCAGGAACUGAUGGAGAGCCAGGAGCUAGAGGAGCUGAUGGAGAACAAGGACCAGUUGGACCAACUGGAGAAACCGGAGGAUGCAGUCACUGCCCACCACCAAGAACCGCUCCAGGAUAUUAA